GCCAUCUUCCCCUACUUCAUCACCCUGGGCACCGAGCUGGCAGAGCAAGAACCAGGGGGCGCAGGCGGGGGCGGCCAGAACGGGCAGCAGGCCAUGUCCCUGGCCAUCCUCAGGGUGAUCCGCCUGGUCCGGGUGUUCCGCAUCUUCAAGCUCUCGCGGCACUCCAAGGGGCUGCAGAUCCUGGGCAAGACCUUGCAGGCCUCCAUGCGGGAGCUGGGGCUGCUCAUCUUCUUUCUCUUCAUCGGCGUCAUCCUCUUCUCCAGCGCCGUCUACUUCGCGGAG